AUGGUAAAGGUGACUGGAUUCCACAAUAAGGCACCUCAGUUUAGGUUUAUGGAAAGAGAGAACGCAUUGUUAAGCAUUGAUACCGACUGGACAAACGAAGAAUACUUGUUCAAGGCUUUGAAUCAAGCAACACUGGUUCUUGAGUCAUCAGAUCUAAGGCUUGUAGCUUUCACCAGCUAUGCUGAUGUCUCCAGUAGUCCAGGUCACUAUGUAAUUUACUUAGAAGUAAAGGCUAAAAACAAAGACAUUAAGGUCCUCGAGUUCGAGGAAAAGACAUUCUUGGAGUGCUGUGUUAGUAAUGGAGGAUUUGUUUGA